CGGUGCUGCUGCACCGGCUGCGGGCUGCCCCGCCUCGCCUCGCCCUGCCCUGGUGGGUGCUCGCCAGCAGCCGCUGCAGCUCGCCGGGGAGAGUUGGCCAAGCAGGGCAAGCAGCACCCAGCCUUGUAUACCAACUUCAAAUUCUGGACUAAGCGAUGCUCUGCUGAAAACAGCGAGACACCAGCCCACGUUUCCCUUCAGUGGCAUAGCAUCCAGUGAUUUUGCGUUGAUGGGAAUCCAAAAUUCAACAAGCCAGCAAUGAGACUGCUAACGUGCUGAGAACACUUCCAAUUUCAUUUGCUCACCGUUGGAAACGAGGAGGAUGAUUCCCGUGACCGAGUUUCGCCAGUUCUCAGAGCAGCAGCCAGCGUUCAGAGUGCUGAAGCCCUGGUGGGAUGUGUUCACGGACUAUCUCUCCGUCGCCAUGCUGAUGAUCGGUGUGUUUGGGUGCACGCUGCAGGUCAUGCAAGACAAGAUAAUAUGCCUUCCGAAACGAGUACAGCCUUGUCAGAACCAAUCUAAUAGCUCAAAUGCGUUUAGUACAAUCCCAGACACAACCCCUCUUCCUCCACCCAAGCCAUCCACUCCUCCAGCUACAGUUGAAAUGAAAGGGCUGAAGACUGAUUUGGACCUUCAACAAUACAGCUUUAUAAAUCAGGUGUGCUAUGAACGUGCCCUACACUGGUAUGCCAAGUACUUCCCUUACCUUGUCCUUAUACACACGCUUGUCUUCAUGCUGUGUAGUAACUUUUGGUUCAAAUUCCCUGGGUCGAGCUCUAAAAUUGAACACUUCAUUUCAAUACUUGGGAAAUGUUUUGAUUCUCCCUGGACAACGAGAGCCUUAUCCGAAGUAUCAGGAGAAGACUCUGAAGAGAAAGAUAACAGGAAGAACAACAUAAACAAGUCUAAUACUAUCCAGCCAAGCGCUGAAGGCACUUUGGUCAAGACACAGUCUUUAAAAUCAAUCCCCGAGAAGCUGGUUGUGGAUAAGGGAACGCCUGGGGCAUUAGACAAGAAAGAAGGUGAACAGGCCAAAGCACUGUUUGAAAAGGUGAAGAAAUUUAGACUGCAUGUUGAGGAGGGUGACAUACUCUAUGUCAUGUAUGUUCGCCAGACUGUGCUUAAGGUAAUUAAAUUCCUUAUUAUUAUUGCAUACAACACAGCACUCGUCUCAGAAGUUAAUUUUACAGUAGUCUGUAAUGUUGAUAUAGAAGACAUGACAGGAUACAAGAAUUUUUGCUGUAAUCACACGAUGGCACAUCUAUUCUCUAAACUCUCCUAUUGCUACCUGUGCUUUGUAAGCAUCUAUGGCCUCACAUGCCUUUAUACCUUAUACUGGUUGUUCUAUCGCUCGCUGAAAGAAUAUUCCUUCGAAUAUGUUCGGCAAGAGACAGGAAUUGAUGAUAUCCCAGAUGUCAAGAACGACUUUGCUUUUAUGCUUCAUAUGAUAGAUCAGUAUGAUCCUCUCUAUUCCAAGAGGUUUGCUGUCUUCCUGUCUGAAGUCAGUGAAAAUAAGCUGAAACAGCUGAACUUAAACAAUGAGUGGACUGCAGAUAAAUUGAGACAGCGGCUACAGAUGAACUCCCAUAGCCAUUUGGAGCUACAGCUUUUCAUGCUCUCUGGACUACCAGACACUGUUUUUGAAAUUACUGAGCUGCAGUCUUUAAAGCUUGAAAUUAUUAACAAUGUAAUGAUACCAGCGACCAUUGCACAGUUGGACAAUCUCCAGGAGCUCUCAUUACACCAAUGUUCUGUGAAGAUCCACAGUGCUGCCUUGGCAUUUCUGAAGGAGAAUCUCAAGAUCUUGAGCGUCAAGUUUGACGACAUCAGAGAACUUCCCCACUGGAUGUAUGGCCUCAGAAAUUUGGAAGAGCUCUAUUUAAUCGGCUCCCUAAGUCACGAUAUUUCCAAAAACAUUACGCUGGAGUCUUUUCGGGAACUUAAAAGCCUUAAAGUUCUUUACAUAAAAAGUAAUUUGUCUAAAAUCCCACAAUCUGCUGUCGAUGUUUCAAGUCAUCUUCAAAAAUUGUGCAUCCAUAAUGAUGGCACUAAGCUGGUGAUGCUCAACAACCUGAAGAAGAUGGUCAACUUGACACAGCUGGAAUUGGUUCACUGUGAUUUGGAGCGCAUACCUCACGCAGUCUUCAGCCUUCUCAGUCUUCAGGAGUUGGAUUUAAAGGAAAACAACCUCAAAUCAAUUGAAGAAAUAGUAAGUUUUCAACAUCUGAGAAAACUGACAAUCCUAAAGCUGUGGUACAACAGUAUAACAUACAUCCCAGAGCAUAUAAAGAAACUCACUAGUCUCGAACGGCUUUCCUUCAGCCAUAACAAAAUAGAGGUUCUUCCAUCCCACCUAUUCCUAUGCAACAAAAUCAGAUAUUUGGAUCUGUCUUACAAUGACAUUCGCUUUAUCCCACCUGAAAUAGGAGUUCUUCAGAGUUUACAGUACUUUUCCAUUACUUGCAACAAAGUGGAGAGUGUGCCAGAUGAACUAUACUUUUGCAAAAAACUUAAGACUCUGAAAAUUGGGAAAAAUAACUUGUCAGUCCUUUCACCUAAAAUUGGUAAUUUGGUAUUCCUCUCCCACUUGGAUAUUAAAGGCAAUCACUUUGAAAUUCUCCCAGCUGAACUUGGUGAAUGUAGGUCUUUGAAGAGGACUGGUUUCACUGUAGAGGACACCUUGUUUGAAACGUUGCCUUCUGAUGUCAGGGAACAAAUGAAAGCUGAAUAACUAACUUCCUCUUGCUCAGUUUUACAGAAAUAAUGCUUCUACCAAAUAUGCUGUAGAAAGUGCAUACUCUGAAUAUGCAUUUAGUUUGUGAUUUUUUUUUUCUUUUUCAGAAAGUCCUUUCUGUACAAAGCAAUUUGGAGUAAGGAGUACAUAUAUUUUUAAUAAAAUUUUCUCAUAUUUUUUCACUGUUUUAAGAUAUUUUAAGUUUAUUUUACCCUGAGAACAAGGGUGUCUGUAACUUAAUUUUUACUGGCAAAAGUAAAUGUUUUUAUCUGCUGAGUUUUUUUUUUUUUUUUUUAAUUUUGGCUAAUCCCAACAGGGGAACUGUGUUUAAAUUGUAUGCUUUGGAUUGCAUAAUUUGUAACAGGUGAUUAUAUUGUCUUCCUGGUUAAUCCCUUAGGAUGUGGUCUUCGACGGGUAAUCCUGCAGGUGUUGAGUGCCCUGUUCCCUCUUUUCUUCAGUGGGAGCUGACAUCUGGGUUGGCCUUCCUUUUAUUUAUGACACUUUUCUCACAUGGUUAAAGCAGGUAGAAAAGGUUCUGUAUGUACAAGGGCUGGAGGUAUCUUAAUGGGUCUGAGGGAGCAUGCAGAAUUCCUCCAGGGCCUUCUGGAAGGUUUAGUCCGGGUCUCCAUUCACAUGCAGCAGGAGGCACUGACUGCAGUUUCCCCUCCAGAGCUGGAAGAGUAAGGCCACAGGUCACAGAGGAGUCACUACCAAAAUGACUCAUGCUGAAGAUUUUCUGAACAAUGCAGAGAGGUUCAGGGGCCCAUUUCCUGCUGACCUGAGUGUAAGGGGUGCAAUGAACUCACUGUAUUGGAAAAGUCAAUGCAGGGAGAUGAAACACUAAUUUCAAAAAUCCCCUACCUAUCCUCCACUAAACGCCCAGUACAGCAAGUGAGCAAGUGUCCUCUGUGUCCCUCAAGGAUGCUGGGCACCUUGCAGGACUGGGAUUCAGAAAAAGUGCAAUCAUGUUUAGUUUGUAAAGCUUCUGGCAAGGAAAUGAUAGUAUUUUUAGCAGCUAAUAUGCUCCUUUUUUUGAGCUUUGGUAUUAUAUUACAAGCUCAGCACAGGAACAUUUGCAGAUUUGGAAAAAUGAGGUUAAAUGAAUACAUUAACUUCUCAAAACUCUCAGCCUACCAAAGGGCAGUGAUGAAGGCUAUAUUUUCAUCUCCCAAAUAGUAAUUAAAAUGGAAAUCAUACAGUUGGAUGUCAGCUUUUUGAAAUAUUUUAAUAAUCUGUAAUAUCUUUAAUGCAUCAGGCUGGGAACUUUGUCCUCUGAAACCAUUCUCAGUUGUUUAUUUAUCCAGCUUUUUUAAAAUUUAUCCAGCCUUUUAUUUAUCCAUCCUUUCUCUUAGGCAAGUUUGGCAGGUAUAGUCUUUGAUAACUCUCAUGCUACUCACAAGCUAAUUUAAGCUAAUAAAAACAACCAUAUAAAAAAUAACCAAGCAAAAUAUCUUGCUGGGAGGAGAUCUCUUCAUCCUCUCCAACGACGCAUAUUUGAGUCAGAUGCAGGCACUGGAUAAAUGCUUUGCAAGAAUAUCUAGGAGUAACUACUUCUUUCUGUAGGAGGCAAUGCUGUUUAUAAAUUGCAGAGGUUGAGUUGCAGAUUGUUUAAAGUUAUGUAAAAUAAUUUUUGAUGAUUGUCAGGUUGGUUGCUUUUCAAUGUUCUCUAACUGCCGUUGCAUGUCUUGAACUCCAGUUAAUCUGGGUUCUUGAGCUUAUUGUUGUUUUGAGCCUGAUUUAUAAAGGUGGGGAGACAAUCUAAAAUAAAUAUUUCCUCAUUAAUCCAGGGCAUGCUGCGCAAUCUGGUAAGUGGGCUUGCUACAUUACCAAGUCAGACUUGCUUUUUGCGCUUGGCUAUGUUCUGCAGAAAAUCUGUGUGAUUAAUGAGAAAUGGGUCAGGCGUGAAAGAAUCAGAACAAGCUUUUUUUUAAGUGGUUUAAUUUAGUUCUGUAAAAGACCUAUAACUGAUGUAGCUGUUGCAAGAGCUACUCUUACUCAUAUGGAAUGCACUUAUUGGAACAGCUUGGCAGUAUAUAUAUAUAUAUUCUAAAUGUAUUUCACUUUGAUGUAAUGUGAGGGAGAGAAAUGUUUCAUUGCUCAUAUUAACCUAAUUAUGUAAACCAAAGUGCUGUUGUCUCUGAUGAAUGUAAACUGUUUAAAAUGUCCAAGUAAUCGUUGGAGCUGUAUAGUUAUCCUAUUUAGAUUUGAAAUAUGGGAAUACAUUUGAAGUUUUUUAAAAAAAUCUUUAUAGUCCUAGAUGUAGCAUUUUAAAUCCAUAAUUUAUUUUGUGUCUAAUGUUUCAUGUGUAGUGGUCUAUCUUCUGAAUGGAAAUUAUGCACACCUCAUAACUGAAGGUUGGAGACUGGUUCUACACCUUUUUUAUUUUUUUUAUUUUUUUUAAUACAUCACUUAGAGGAUGUGGAGGUUUUGUUUGCCACUGAUUAUAUUUAUGUCAGGGCAAUCCCUCAUGUGGGCACAAUUACAUGAGUAUAAAGUGCCUAGUGCUGGUAUUUCUUUAUUUACCUUCUAGAUAGGAAAAAACUAUACCAGUGUAAGCACUUUCAUGCUAAUAACUGUAUCUCCUCCAAGGGUUUGGUGUUUGGUCUGCCGAGACAGCUUAGUCAAUCGAACAGCUAAUAACUGUAUCCCCUCCAAAAAGGGGCAGUUUCCUUCGUCCACCCCUGCUCCCAUCCCUGGCCACAUGGUCCAGCUGCUUCUCUCGUACCUCUACAGGUCUGGUGCUUGUCUGAUCCCUCCACAGGAUGUAUCAGUUUACUAAGCCAGCAGAAAACUAAGAAGCCAGUUAAAAAAAAAAAAAAAAAAAGGCAAAUCUGCUGGGUCGAUGGAUGCUAGGGUAGGAGCAGCAAGGGAACAGGACUCUGCAGCCAGGGUCUGGGCAAGGAGGAGGAAGGACAGGGCACUUUAGAGGUGCUAGGUCAGCUCGUCGUCUUGCCGAGCCACGUGCUUGGAGAGCUGGGCUGUUGCAUCUAUAGCAGGGUUAGGCAGCAUGCCUUUUGUGGGUAGAAAACCCUCAGGCUCGCAGUGAGUGAUAAAAUACCAAAUUACUGUUAAUUGCUUAAACUUAAUGGAACAAACUCAGGUAGCUGCACUGUUGACUUUUUCUAAACUUCUUACUGUCUGGUCUGGGGGGUGUAUUUUCCAAAACCGUAUUACAGUAUUUUAGAAGUGCAUCAACUAAGAGAAGAUUUUCCUAAUUCUGUAUGACCUCCAGAAAAAUAUGUAAAAGUGCCAUAUAUACUCAGUGAUUCAUGUACUGCUCAUAUGUAUAUUCACAUGCAAUUGCAUAAUAGAAGACUUUUCUGUGAACUAUAGUAUUUGACUUAGAAUGGAUGGACUUUUUGUGGAUAAUACUUCAGGCAUGGUUUCUAUGAGUUUAUAUAAUUAGUUACAUUAAUCAGGUGCCUAAAAAAUAAUACAAUUGCCAGAAUAUAAGCAAGGCAUUUUACAUUAUUGCUCAAAAAUAAUGUAAAUAUUCCUUGGUAAUGGAAGCAGAGAUGACAGAGUGCCUCAAAAAUAAGAAGACAACUUUAAUAGUAUAUUAAGCCUGAAAAACAAAUCUACUAUGUGAUCAAAAUCUGGAGAUGUACGCUUCCCCCUUUGUCACAAUUAGGAUUUGUGCUGACCUCGUGCAUCCAGCCAGUCCGGCAACUUUUGCAAGUUCGGAUUGGAAAGCGCCCGCUCCAAGACUCAUACCACAUUUCUGGCACUUCCAUUAAUUCAUGUGCUUAAGUGGUGACAAGUCCUGUAAGAAUGCCAAGGAAAAACUUUGAAAUUUGACCAAACGGACAAACACCUUAAUUCUGUAGCAAGAAUCUUAAUAUGAUAAUAGACCUGCCUAGUGUUACAUUGCAAUAUAGUACACCCAGGAAAAAGUGAAAUAAAAUGUUCUUUUGUAAUAAUGAA